AUGGAGCACAGGGCCCUGAUGUGUACCAGUCAGGCCUGGAAGGGGCCCAAAGGCUCCACCUUCUCCCCCAACUGGGACAACACAUCAUACCAACCAACCAUCAUGAUGUCCCCUUGUCCUGACGUGGUCAAGUCCCCAUGCCAGCAUGCUGCCAAGAUAUGCCACCCCCCAGAAGCCUCUGUGACCUCCCAGUUCCAGCAGGUUGGCCCCCACGCCUCAACCUCAACUGGGUUGUCUGCCAUGGCUAACACUGCCAGUAGAAGAGGUGAAAGGGAGUGUUAUAUAGUCAACCCCAUUAAAAAUGAGGAGACGGCCCUGCCAGCACACAACCCUGAGUUUCGCAGACGCUCCUUCUCCGCAGCCACUGCCUCAAACUCAAUCCCUUCCAGAAACAGAUGUGACAGCUACGACCACCGAUGCCCUGACAACAGCUCAGAGGACAUUAGCAGAGGCGACGCCUCUCCGUUGAGCCCAGACGUCUCCCCUGAUCACGGUGGUCCACGGUCGCGGUCCCGCAGCAUCAUCCUGAGGAAGACGAAGAGGAGGCCGGCGCCACCAACCCGUAGCGUGUCCCUCAGGAGAGACUCCGCCUCCCAGCUCAGAGACAACAGGACCAAGAGCCUCUACAUGGACAGGGACACAGCUACCCAGGACUCCUUCCUGCCUGACCUCAUCCUCAUCUCCACACCCAGGACAGAGGAGGAGCUGGGCCUGGAGCAGUCCCCUGCUCAGCCUGUACAGGCUCUGGUUGGGCCACCAGUCAACAACAAUGGGCAGCUAGGUGAAGUAAGAUCUACUGACCCCUGCUCUUCCAUGUCAAGCUCAGGUCCUGCUAUGGGUAUUACUGGAAAUGAGGACAAAAAAGCCCCCAGCAGGUCAGAAUCAGUCAGACCCCCUCCCCCCUUGCGACACCCUCCGUCUCUAAUUUGUAAACAGUCCCCUUUCCAACCACCUGCCCCAGACUCCCCUUCCAGUGACCAGUCCAACUCUCAGUGUGAGACUUCUCCCCCUCCUAUCCUCAUGUCUUCCAUCACUGGACCCUCCCCCCUGGGCUGCAGGAUGCGGCCCAAGUCCUCCACCUCACCCACCUCCCCCAGAGCCAGGACCAGCAGGCUGCGGCUGUCCCUGGAGUUGCCAGGGGUCGUCCCUCUCCCUGACCCGACGUCGGUCAAAUCCAAAGCCACCCGGCGUCACUCCGAGUCCUCUGGCACUACCAGACCCAGACAGAGGCUGAGCUCCAGCAUGAUGGUGAUGCCUGUGGUGACCCAGGAGGAUCUCAGCAAUGUGCGUUUACGUUCUGUCAGCAGCUCAGACUCUGACAAAGGCCUGGAGGGCUCACCUGAAGUCAUCAGGGAGGAGGAGCAGGAACAGGAACAGGAGCUGGAGAGCUGCCCACUGGUCCACCACAGUCCUAAAGCUAAACCACCUGUUGCUGCUAAGCCACCUGCACAUAAAUGGCCACCGAUACAUAUGGUAAAGUCCUCCUCAGUCUCUACACAGUUCUCAGAGACCCUUCCAGCCUCACCAAGAGAGAGCCAAGGGAAUAUGUUUAUGGUGGAAAGAAGAGCGAAGCCUAAGAGGUCGCACCAGCCUCCUUGUGUUGCCAGUGAUGGGGUUAUGUUUCAGAGGCAGCAAGCUGUAGACAAGCAACAGUAUGAAGUGACUGACUCACACCCACCACCCGCCUCCUACCAUUCAGAGACCAGGGACGUGAGAAGGACCUCUCCCACCAGCACCACAUCUCGUCAAGCUGAAUUAGAUAGGAAGAAGAAGUUGGUUCCCCCUCCAGUCGCAAAGAAACCUGAUGUCCUCUUCAUGCCAUCUAUCAGCUCACUGGGACAGGAGAGCACCAGGAGCCAUGUCUGGUCUGGGCUCAGUGGUGCUUACCAGGUUCCUGCCAGUGCAUACCAGCCUCCUACCACUGGUUACCAGGUUCCUGCCAGUUCAUACCAGCCUCCUACCACUGGUUACCAGGUUCCUGCCAGUGGUUAUCAGUUUCCUGCCAGCGCUUACCAGCCUCCUGCCAGUGCUUACCAGCCUCCUGCCAGUGCUUACCAGCCUCCUGCCAGUGCUUACCAGCCUCCUGCCAGUGCUUACCAGCCUCCUGCCAGUGCUUACCAGCCUCCUGCCAGUGUUUACAGAGACAGAGACUUUACUGGACAAGAUUGCAACCAUCACAGGAUAAGAGACGGUAUUCUUCAAUUUUAUAAGAACUCACUCACACUGUUUUGAACUCUCUGCAUGCAGUCUGUAACAUCUGUAACCAUCAUCUGUAACAUUCUUUAUUGUAUGUUGUUAAAAUUGAAUCAACGUGUACGCAUACUAUGUAGAUGGCACGAGUUAGCUCUUGAACUAAAGUAUUUUCAUCCCAAAUGGAAAUGAUAGUGUUCUAUUUUUUCCUAGAUGAGAACAGUGAAGAGAGGAAGACAAUGCCUCAGAUGAGAACACUAUGCCUCAGCGAGCAGGAGGAGGAAGUGUUUGACCACAACUCCUCACAACCAACUACUGAGGACCUAUUCACCAUCAUACACAGGUAAUGGGACUUACUUUCCCCCAAAAUAGAAUAGUCACCGACACACAAAACAAACUACCCGCGUUACGUAAGUAACGGGACCUGUCCAUUUUCAUGCACACUAAAUUAGUUAAAUAAUUCCAUCCAACAAAUAAACAAGCAUUAACACACUUUCCAAAAAAGUAUAUUGUCAGAAAUAUUUCAUCUUUAAGUUGUUUCUCAAAGGUCUUGUCUUCAUCACAAGUGUAUUAAAUAUGCCUACUUUCUGGACUCCCUGGUUUUGUAAAGGUCAAAGAAGAAACUCCUGGGUGGUAAAGAAACAGCUGACAGCGCGGGGAGCAGGCAGGGUUACGGAUCCCCCAGUAAAGGCAUCCAGAGGGAUGUCCAGAAGUCAACCUCCAAAAAUGACAACUUCAUGGCUUUUCUGCAGAGGAGGAGGAGCAAUAAACCAAGCUCUGGGGAGAGACUGUCAGCCUCUGAACUACUGAAGAAUACCAAACCAUUGGCCGGCCAACUGUAG